AUCUUCAUUCGUUGCAACUUGUGUCUGUACCAUUUUCUUUCCGUCACCGCCCCGCAAGUAAACCGUGUGGCCACCCGCCCAGCUAGCCAGGGCGGGUUCCGAACUGAAUGUGUACCGUCGGAAAUCGUCUACUAUUUUUGCCUCAAACGCACCGACUACCACUUAAUCUAUGCACACAGCUCCUCAGUGCUUUUAUUUCUUUGUAGGUGGGGACCUUUGCGACAGAGAGAACUGAGGGGAGAAGUUGAGUGAAGAUCAAAUGGAAUUUCGGAUGGAAACAGAAAUGCAAUCGCGUGCGUUCUCGCAGUGGCUCAAGAGCACGACGCUGGCUAAAAAUAGUGACAGGCGCUUGCAUUUUAAGUGUAUACCUGUAAUCUGAAUCCGAUGAGGCACCACUAUGAAUUUCUGUGUGCCUUUCGACCAUUCGUCCGUCUGCGGGAAGGCUCCCCAGUCCAAGGGCCGUUUUUCUGACCUUCCUUCACCGAAUCAACGCAUCGUCCCUGCGAUGUGAACAUCGCACUUUUGUUUUGGUCUGCUCCGUUUACUGAUGCUCAUAAACUCACACCGGGCAAAUAUGAGGCCGCAUGCGUGAGUCGCGUUAGCCCACGCUUGUUCUACAUGAGACCUAACAAUGAAUAUUGAUCUGGCUGACUGGCAGAUUGCUGGCAUUUUUGCCCUCUUCUCUUCGGCCACGUUCCCCCUGGGGGCGAUUUUAGGCAUCUUCGCGUAUGUGCUGCACCGCAAGUUGAAUAGGCGCCUCCUGGCGUUUUUUCUGUCCGUGGGGGCAGGCUCGCUAAUUUUCGCUGUGGCAGUUGAGGUCUAUGCAGAGGGUCUGGAAGCUAUUGAACACAUUCGCAGUGGUAGUGACACAGUCAGGACUCUGGCAUUUAUUGUCCAAAUAAUUUUUGCCGUCGUCGGGGCACUGCUGUACGUAUGGCUGGAUCACCAGGUCAACCGCAUCAGUAGUGCCGUACAUAAUUGGUCGAGUGAAAGGCUUGCGCGGGAAGCUGUUGCUACACGGCAUGGUAAUGCAGCGGGUGACAAUCUGAGUGGAGGUGGGCUAAGCGCGGGCGAACAUUGCAGAAAGCCUAUCCGGACCCGAUGCGAGGACAAUUCCCCCGCAGCAGAUGACCUUUCAUACGAAACUCGAGGGUUGUUAGCCUGUGCAGCUGAAGACGAUGAAGGGACGGAAGCUGCCUGCACUGGGCAAAGGUCCGAAAACUCAGAAGGCAUUUGGGUUCCGCUGGGGAGUUCUCAAGCCAGCACUCAAAGCACCGUCGGCCACUGCGAAGAGAAUUCGUGUCGGGGAAGCCCGGUCGUGAAAUCGCCAUCAGGAAACACAUUGAAAUCAACGCAAGAUUUGAAUGUGGUCGCGGGCAGGGUCGAGCACAACUAUCGGCAUCCUCUGUCAGGGUUACCUUCGAAUGCCAUUCUCAUCCCAACAGAAGUACCCACUGUAGACGACGAGGAACUCUGCAUGCUCGCUGCAGAGGAGCACUUGCCGAGAAAAGACGUUAGCGAAAGGGGAGGAGCCAAGGUGGAAAAAGGAGGGGAUCACUUGGGUGUGGCUCUGGUGCUGUGGGCGAGUCAACUCAUCGACGCUGUUCCUGAAGCCAUGAUGAUCGGAUUUCGAGUUGUGGGUAACAAGCUCUCCUGGGCGUUCAUUAUUUCACUUUUCAUUGCAAACUUCCCGGAGAGCUUCAGUGGCGGGUACAUGAUGAAAAAGGAGGGCUUCCGCGCAUGUGUGGCUUUCGCGAUGUGGCUCACGGUCCCUUUGCUCACUGCGAUUGUCGCUGCCGCUACGGCCGCAAUUCAGAUAACACCGGCCCAUUCAGUUGCAAUGCGCAUGUUUGAUGCUGGAAUGCAAGGGACCGCUGCAGGAGCGAUGCUAGCAUUGUCAACUGCAUCAAUGCUCCCCGCUGCAUACGAAGCCGGAGGUGUUCUUUCAGGACUCUUCUGUGUGUUAGGGUUUCUUUUUUCUGUAUCUGUUCGCUUGUUCCUUGGAGUCCUUGAGGGCCCCGUGCCGCUGGGUCAAGAAGCUGGCAUGAUAGAACAUGCACCUAGACUUCCCGAAACACCGGCUGGAUACUUAAACAAUCUCUAGGUCUCUGUGUUGGGCGCGCAUGAUGGGGCUACAAGAGACGACGGCAACUUCACACGGAGAAUAUAUUUUUCAUGGUCGACGUCAUCCAGUGCACGCUGCUCUUCUGUGCUGGCAGCGUCUCCCCAAUGAUUGGCUUGCUGCGAUUCUGCCGUGGAAGCAUCUGCACACGCUAUCAAAAGCCGUGCGCACAAUCGUCUCUUCGUGAUUCGGAUUGCCAGUGGAAGCGAUCACAUAUGGGCGUGUGCACAGUUGCACUGUAUCAGUGCGUCUCUGGCCUAGCGGCUUACAUUUGACGGAGGACAUCAGUUCAGCAAAAGGGAGUGUUUCUGUUAGGUAUUUGCACGAGGAAAGUGUAUCUUGGCUCGUUCUCCGAGUUUUCAAGGUACCCAUGUGUUUGUUUCAGGUCCCAUCGUUCAACCAGUAGAAUGCUCCGCGUUAGGAGGGAAAAGGAGAAAUUGCAUUCCUUGCGCCAGCGGUUUUUCUUUGUUAUUUUCUGUGACUUCGUGCUCAAGACGUAAAACGCAAUUUAAGAGCCGAUGCUCAUGUAGCGCAGCAGGAUCAUGAGGCUAGCGAGCAGUCGGGCGUCCGGACAGAUUUCCGGUUUGAUCGUUUAAAAGGAUUGCCCGCGGUGUUCUGGCGUACGACAAGUUCCGUGUGUCUAUGUAGCUCCCUCCGUACUUACGAUAACACCAAAAAGGUUUCACUACUGGUACUAGGAAAUACGAGAUCGGGUUCGGAGCGUGGCUACGUACUUCAUAUGCGCAAACCACUCCCAAACUAGGAUUACAGCUGCACUGUUGAAUCA